GCUGCAGUUGCAACAUGGAGGACGCAGACGGCUCUUUGGCCGAAAGGGAACGAUUUUUGCAGUGUUUCCGACGUUUGAAUGGAUUUAACUAUCGCCAAGAAGAUGAAGGGUCGAGGACUAACUUCAAUUUACUUCUUGACGAAAUUAAUUCAAAGGAAUAUUAUAUGCGGAUCGUCAGAGAAGAUGAAGCUAACAAACUUAUAACCAAGUUUUGUAGUGUUGUCCCAUUGUAUGAAGAACGAUUCCUGGUCAAAAUUUGUCAAGCCAUUUUCAACUUUACAGCAAAGCAACAGCUGAAGCUUACAGUUCAGACACUGCAUUUAGUGACAGAGUAUCUGAUAUCAGCUCUACAGAGAUGUCAGCCUUGGACUCUAUCAGAGAUCCUUAUGGCCCUUGGGGCAGUUGUGUAUGAAUGCUGUGGCCAACUUACAAAGUACCAUGACACAUUCCUCAACAAGACCCAGGGUGUGUUGAUUCCAUUGUUGUCGGAGCAGGGCAGUGAUGAGGAUGUCUUACGAGGCGUUAUCCAGUGUAUAGAAAAUCUCACCAUUAAAGUGGCUGACCAAUCAUACCUGGAGGAUCAGCACAUACUGACAUGCUUUGAAGUGUUCAUGAACAUUCUCCACACAGUUCCUGUUAGCAAGAUGGAGAUGAAUACACAGUGCAAGGUGUUGAUCUGUUCCUUGAGAGGUCUACAGAAUCUAGUAGCAGCAAAGAAAGUCAUGCCAACAGAUCAGCUGGGCAAUCUACUAGCUGCAAUUAGAACAUACAUGUUUCAUGGUGUUUCCAAUUUCCCGGUGACUGUUCCUGAGCGUCUCUAUCCGACACCUCUGAGUCAGUAUGCUGUGCCAUCCUUCAAGACAUCAACACCACAAGGGGAACAUAAAGCAGAAGAAGAAUCUCAGGGUGCAGCUAAGUCACAAGCUGGUAAAAAAACCAGGAAAAAAAAGGCAAAGAAAUCACCAGAGAAACUGAAUAAAAAUCAGAAUGGUGAGGAGACAGCCUCAACCAUAGAUGGUGAUAUACAGGGUGAAAAUCAAGGCUCAUUAACGACUGUGGAACUAGGUUCAUCAUUGAGUACCAGACCUGUCUGGGCAAAGAUCAGUAGUUCUGAUUCUGAUUAUUCGGACACUGAGGGAGGUCAGGGGUCAAGAAUGAGGUCAUACCACACUAAGGUCAGACAGUGUGCACUGGCCUGUCUACACACAGUAAUCAAGACUACUGACCGACGGUUGAUGUUUGGAUACUGGUCAUCUUUUAUUCCUGACUCCAGUGCAGCUGGAAAUAGUCCUCAGGUCCAGACACUCUUCACGAUUAUACUGAAGGAUCCAUCUCCAAAGUGUCGUAUGGGAGCACUCGCAGCUUUGACUGCCUUGGUUGAUGGAACAAAGACAUUCCUGGCCGCAGCAGAGGACAGUGAACAGACGACUGCCUUUACCCCAUUCUCCUCCGUCCUUGGAUCGACUAUCAGGGAACUGCAUCGCUGUUUAUUACUAGCUCUGCUGUCAGAGAAUUACCCGCUUACUCUCACACAACUUAUCAAGUGUAUAGCGAUCCUGAUCGGUAAUGUACCGUAUCAUCGCAUGAAGCCUGGACUUCUGUCCAGAGUAAUCAAGCUGGUCCGUAACUUCCUCAACCACAGAGAUCCAAAUGUGCGAGUGGCAUGUCUGACAUGUUUUGGGGCAGUAGCUGCUAUCCAGCCUCCACUGAUGGAGAUUUGCCACAUCAUUCAGCCGUCCAAACCUCCACUGUCAGCAUCCAUGUCACAAUCAUCUCAAUCUAAUACUGAAGUCAGUCAGCAACCAGAGUCUGAAUCCAGAGAUACUAGAUUUAGUAAUAACCAAGGAAAUGAUAAUUCUUCAAAUGAUGGACAGCUCAGAAAUCAUUCUCCAGGGGUCGUGACCCCACCUGUGGGGCAAGGUUCUGGAGUUACAUCCCCUGGGACUGUAACUCCUGUAUUCACAGACAAGUUACUUCAGGCCCAUGCUCGCGACACUUCCUGGCUCAUCAAACUCUGCAUGAAGAACAUAUUACCAUAUACAGAUCACCAUGGAGACUGGUCAGAGCCUCACUUAGAACCACUUCCUGUUAGAUUGGAGUCUCUACAAGUACUGGCUCACCUCACAAAGGGCUACUUCCCUAUCAUCAGGAAUAGUCUUGCUGUACUCCGUGAUUUGAUACAUAAGUGUAUGCAAGACUCGGACCAAGUGGUCAGACUACACACAAUCAAGCUACUGGAUGUGUUAACACAAGUGCUACUGCAGGAUGUGCAGGUGGCCGAGAGAGAGGGGCCUGAAAACCGAGUUAACGUAGACCUGGCCAAGGAGUUCUGGAGUUUCAUGUUGAUGGGGCCCUUACCCAACAUAUUACAGACAGAAACAAACAAUGCUGUCCGAGCUACGUCAUGUGACUGUAUAUCAAAUGUUGGUCCAGAGGUGUUCGCUGUUUUACCUAUGGACAAGAGAAUUCUCUGUAUUACACUGGUCUUGGGUCUGACAUCAGAUGAAGAUAGAAUUGUACGGUCAGCAGCUGUCAGGGCUGUCGGAGUUUAUGUCCUCUUCCCUUGUCUCAGAGAGGACGUAUCUUUCAUCGCUGAUGCUGCGAACUCCAUACUGAAAAGUAUGACGGAUACAAGUCUAAAUGUACGGCUUAAGACAGCAUGGUCCCUUGCCAAUCUCUGUGAUGCCUUGGUACUCAACAAGACAGAGGGAGAUGCCCAGUUCCUACAGGACUUCUCGAACAUGUUGCUACAGAAACUGUUUACCACGGCAACCCGAGCUUGUCAGGACAGUGACAAGGUGCGGUCAAAUGCAGUCCGUGCCCUUGGUAACCUGAUGAGGUACUUACCUAAAAGUAGUCUAGAGAAAUGUACGUUUAAGAUACCCGUGGAGGAGGGAGUGAAGGCACUCGUCAAAAAUAUCACCUCUGGUACCAUGAAGGUGAGGUGGAAUGCUUGUUAUGCAGUUAGUAAUCUUUUUAAAAACCCACUUCUGAACCAGGCCAGUACCGAGUGGAUGCGAGACAUCAUACUAGCUUUAUGUGGAGUUGUCCGGGACUGUAAGAACUUUAAAGUUCGGAUCAACGCUGCUCUGGCCCUUGGGUCUCCGAGUGACCGUGACCAAUAUGGGGACAUUAGCCUGUUUCUGUCAGUGUGGGAGGCACUCAUCCGAGGUCUAGAGACUGCAGAGGAAGUCACAGACUUUGCAGAAUAUAAAUAUAGGGGAAAUCUUAAUAACCAGAUAUGUACUACCAUCCUUCAUCUGAUUACGGUAACACAGUAUGAUGACCUUGAUAAGAUUGACGAGCUACUGCAAGUCCACUUUGACCUGCUUCUUGAUUACCUUGAGAAAAUACAGAACUCUCCUGAAGAGAAGAGGACAGAAUUUGAAACAGAAUGUGUAGCAGCUCAACAAAACCUGGCCAUAAUUCGUGACAGCAAGCUGUCGCACAGACAGAGCAUGGCUGUGGAUCGUCUGGUACAACUUGCUCACUCUGACGAAUUUGUGGAACGUGAGCCAGAGAAGAGUGCAUUUGUCCAGACUUAUGACUAGAAUGUUGGUCUGAAGUUAUCAAUAUCUGGACAUUAAAAAGAUGUUGGAUAUAAGAUGGAUACCCGAUGACACUGUUGUUAUUGAUAUAUAUGAAACAGGCAGACACAGACUGCCUUUACUUCUUUUCAUUUCAGAAGUUUUUAGGGCAUAACAUUUUGGGUAAUUUGUUUACAAUUAUUGAAAAAGUGAUAUUCCAUGGAUGAUACAGAAGAUAUUUUAGACGAUAUACAGUAUACACACUAUACACAUGCAGAAUUAAAAAAGUAAGGUUAUGGAAUUUUCAUAUUACAAAGGUUGUUAAAUUUCUUUAUGUUUCAAAAAGAAAGUUUUUUAAUCAAUGACAUUGAUGGAGCUGUUUGGGUUUAGAGACCUACAGAGUUUUUGUAAUGUAUCAAUCUGAUUUCCUUAUUUUGAAAUUCCAUACAGUUGAGAAAUAUAUAGUAACAUUUAGAGCUGUGUAUCGCAAUGUCUAUUGCGAUUCAGGGGUUACGAUACGAUACGUAUCACGAUAUAUGAGAGGCUGAUGACCUAUCAGAUAUCUGGUAUUCCAUCAUACAGUAGUCAUGUUUGUGUUUGUGGUAUUUCCGGAAUAUUUGAGUCGUUGUCUACAUUUGUUUAAAAAAAAAACAUAUGUUUUGUCCGUUUCCCACAAAGCGUUCAUGAAUUUGGGAAAGAACUCUAACAGGCAGCUUAAUUUAAAGGCCGCUGGAACAGCCUCGUCAGCCAUGUUGUUUACGACAAAAUGUACAUUAACUUUGGUCAAGGUCUCCCAAAUCUUCCGGUAUCGCGAUUCAAAUCAAGGAUACACGAUGCAUCGAUACACCACUCUGCAAUCCAAUACAUUGGGGCAUCAGUGAAUGGUUACACCACUAGUAACAUUUAAUUUUUCAUUGAAAACAUAUUUUUUUAAUAUUUUUAAAAGAGAUCAGAAAUAAUGUCAACAAGUGUUCAGAAAGAUUAAAGUUAACAUACAAAAUGUAUAUAAUUAUGUAGUUGUCCAAUGUGACAGGAAAUCUGUGAUAAAAAUGCAUGUAUGAUUUGUUAAAAUGUGAACUGAAUAAAUAUGUUACCUUUAAAUUUGUUAUGUGUGCAAGUUGAAUGAUUAGAACUGAUGCCCAAUUUUCAUUGCCUUAUUUUUCAUGGUGAUGCUGCUAUUCAUAGAAUUAGUUUCAUGUUAGCAUUAGUGCUAUUUGAUGGCAAUAUGAAUUGUUUUGGACAUUUGUCAACAGAAAUAAAUGUAUGCAUGAUGAAUAUGAUUCACAAAAAUACUAGUAUGAAUGGAUACUCGACAGACUGAAUGUAUGAAUUGUGUGUGAAAUAUUCAAGGGGUAUAAGUAAGGGAAACGGGACAUAUAGUAGUUACUGUGUUUGUGUGUCCAUCAGUAAGCGUGCGCCUAUGCAAAGCUUUGAAUAAGUUAUCUCCUGAACCCUUGGGAUAGAUUUUCCUGAUAUUCACACCAUAAAGUUCUCUGACUAGAUUUUGCUGAUCAUCAAUCAAGGUAAAAGGUCUAAGGUUGCACUUGUAAAUAAAAAGCUUAAUGUGUUAAACAUUUUUCAUGAACAACUGGACAGAUUUUGUUCAUAUUUAUACCAAGACAUUAAACCAUCAAAUUUUGACACCUGAUUAGAUUUCAAAGGCCACUGGUGUCUCGGUCAGAGGAGGGACUUGACUUUUUUCAUAAUUGCAAGGUUGUGUUCAAGAGAUCUCAUGAAUUCCUGAACAGAUUUAUUUUAUUCAUAAGAGGGCGGGGGCCAUCUAUGUGAGCCCCUGGACAGAUUUAUUUUAUUCACAAGAGGGUUGGGGCCUAUUUAUGUGAGCCCAUACAGAUUUAUUUUAUUUAUAAGAGGGUAGGGGGCUAUCUAUGUGAGCCCCCCCCCCCCCCCCUCCUCAUUUUGCUUUUGUUUAUUUAAGGUGCCUUAUGCACUAACAGUCAGAAGUCUAAAAUUUCUCAAUAGUUGUGCAAUGUUAUAUGUAUGUCUGCACUUUAUAGGUAUUUAACAUUUCUAAAAAUAUAUUGAACACAUAUAUAUCUAUAUAUCUGUUGUAUGACGACCUACGCUGGCACUAACUCUACUGGUGAUGUCUACAACUAAAUAGAAAUAACAAUGGUUUCUGUGAUGUGUAUUGCUACAUCACUACAUUGUGCAUAGACAAGAUGGUUGUAAAUGCCUAUGAAGAGAGCUCUUGACUAGCGACGUUAAUUUUGAUUGACAUUGAGAAAGAUCAGUAAAGGAAUGUAUUGCAGCACUUGUUGUUUAGAUGGAAAUACUGUAAUGUGAUAUGUAUUUUAUUAAACAAAAUAAUUAAAUUAAA